GUUUAAGGCGAGAGGCCGGACGGGCCCCGCCAUCUUGGACGCUCCAGUGGUCACGCGGGCCAGGCUUGACCAAUGGGAGAGUAGGGCUUGAGAACGAACGGGGAUGAGUAUAAAAGCAAGAGGGACGGGACACCGGGCCCUUACGAGUUCGCUCCCGACUCACGACACGUACGUCACGUAUAUAUACUGUGCUAACAUUUAGACUAUCUACCGUGCUACCAGUUUCGACUAUCUGCUACUAUGUUAAAGUCCACGCGUGUGAUGAUCAGUCUGACCGGUGUUUGCUCUGCCGUGGCGUACUGCACUCGUACUUUCGUGGUCGGCUGCCCGCAGCUUACAGACCGGGACCACUGCAGCCAGAGACAGCACAGAGGAGUUUCGUGAGUCGUGAGAAGCUCUUCGUCUAGAUAUGGCCCCUAAGAAGGUGCUUGUGGUGGGCGCCGGUGUGGUCGGCUUGUCGACCGCUGUAUGCAUACAGCAAACCCUUCCCGACGUCGCCGUGACGAUAAUCGCUGACAAGUUUACUGAUGAGACGACCAGCCAUGUAGCGGCUGGAAUAUUCCGUCCUGGUGGGAUGCCAAGCGAACUGAAGCACACCUAUAGACAAUGGUAUAAAGACUCCUUUGACUUUUUUAACAAACUGGUCCAUUCAACUGAGGCUGUAAAUGCAGGAACAUCACAGUUAUCUUACUACUUCUUUGAUACAAAGCUAUAUAAUGAUGAGCUCGUGGACAUUCUUUACUGUGGACGACCGGUAACCGCAAAGGAGAUGGACUCGUUUCCUGUAAAGUUCCCUUAUGGGUACUUCCUAACGUCACUAGUGAUUGAGUGUCGCUACUUCUUGCCGUUUCUGACAAAAAGGUUCAAAAGUAUGGGUGGAACAAUGAAGAAAAGAACAGUUCAAAGCCUGGAAGAGUUUGUAGACAAGUAUGACCUUGUAAUAAACUGUACUGGAGUUGAGGCUGGAAGCCUUGUAAACGACAAAGAAGUGUAUCCAGUGAGGGGGCAGAUUUACAGGGUCAAAGCUCCAUGGCUCAAGCACGGUGUCUAUGGAUCCUUUCACGGCGAUUGUGACACCUACAUCAUUCCAUGCAGAGAAUGCGUGGUUGUGGGUGGAGUCCGCCAGCAGGGAAGGACAGAUUUAUCAGUGGACAAGGUUGAUAGUAAAGCCAUCUGGGAACGAUGCACAGCAAUGGUGCCAAGUCUAAAGCACGCGGAGGUCAUCAGUGAGGACGUCGGCCUGAGACCGGGCAGAAAGGCCAUUCGUGUUGAAAUGGAGACGAUUAGAUUCCCCUCCGGCGACCUGAAGGUGGUUCACAACUACGGUCAUGGAGGGUUUGGUGUCAUGCUGUCAUGGGGAACAGCAGUGCAUGCUGCCAAGCUGGCCCACGAUGCAUUACGCACACACAGGCUCUCAUCCCAACUCUAGGUGGCGCUAGCAUCAAUGGGGGGCAUGUGCGGGUAGUGUGUGCAGCCAGGGCAGUAGAGUUAGUCUUCCUAGUUUCCAAAGAAUUCAUAUUUUAUUGCAGAGUCAGAUCGAGGUGUUAUAUGUGUUGCAUCUUAUGUGAUUAAUUUUCCACUCAAAAUGGUAAGCAGGUAGCUUGGCUAGGUUUAUAAUAAGUCAACCUUAAGAAUUUGCUAUUUGCUCUAGUCAACAUCAUAAGAUUUUGGGGGCGAGGCCAGUAACAAAAACCAAAGUAACACGGUUGCCAAGUCUCUAUACUCCACAAGGAGCCUAAACAAAAAUACUUUAGGCAAUAAAUUAUUAGGAAUGAUGAAUAGAAGUGAGUGGAAGAUGCUACGGACUUUCGUCAUUCACAUUGGCUCUCAUUCCAGUUUGAGCAUACAUAUACGAGUAGUGGUUUCGUAUAUUUAGGCAUCCUUGAGUUGUUUUCUGAGGGCUUGGCCAUUUUGUUAGCAAGACUCACGUGGGGGUUAUAUCAGCUAAUGCAAAAAGCGAUAUCUAAUCUAUUUAUCUAUCUAGUCUAGAUGCUGGAUCUAAUCGUAAGGAGCAGUGUUGGUAAGUGUAAGUG